GAAGAAAGGAAGGAGAUUGAUUUUUGGUGUGAAAAACAAGAAAGAAAAACGCCCUCCACAACAGCACAGAGACCGAGCCGUUGAACUCCGAGCGCGGCUAUCGCACUUUAAACGACGCCACGUGUUCGCAAUGAUUUUUCUCAUUCACUUCAUUCCUCUCUGGUCCAAAAUUAACUGAAUUUUACCCCCAGCUGAGCCCAAUAAAGCCCACCCGGCAUCAGCACACGCCGGCUGUGGCACCUCUCGGCCAAGAGCAAACUCCAGGGAAGCUCCGCUCUCCUGCUCUGCACCCCGGGGCUCGGCGGGGGUCAGUCGGAUCCGGUAUGUGGAGCCCGCCCUAAGUGCCGCGCAGCCGCGACUUUUCAGGGCGGAGGUGACCCGGGAUGCUUUUCCUCUUUUCUUUUUCCCGCCACUGCUGGGGUAGAGAGGUAGGGGUAGGGCUUGCUGCGGGAAGGAAAGUGCUCGGAGCUGUGGGAAAGGCUGGCAGGGUCGCCCUGCGCCGUAAGCAUGGGGGUGUCGAGCAGCAGCUGCGACAGCAGCUGCAGCAGCUGCUGCAGCACUAACUGCAGUUGCAGCAGCUGCAGCAGCCGUCGCGCCACAAUCAGGGAGGUUGCGAAGCGGAUCUGCGGCAUGAUCUCCGAGCGCGGCGUGCCCCUCGGCGGGAACCGGACGGCGGCUGCGGCGAGGCAGACACCGCCUGCGCCCGCCGCGCCGCGCCCGCCGCGCCCCACGCCCUUCCCGCCCUCCGCAAUAGCCCCGGGCGUUUGGACGGGUAGUUUUCUUCUUCAGGAACGAAGAAAUGACGAACUAAGUAGAGAUGUGUUUGGCAAUAUGGCAGACAGAGGAGAAGACUACCUCGAAUCAUUGCUCAUUGAUGCCUUUAAAGGGAACGGGUUUAAAAAAAUAGAUGAACUGUUUAAAGAGAUGAAAGUAAAGCUUCCCCAGAGAUACAGUGAGUCUCUCUUUAACCAACUGGACAAAGCACUGAGAAAGGAGCUGGACAAGAAUGAAUUCAAGAAUGUUUCAUUGCUGCUGAAAUGUAUUCAGCUCUACCUUAAAAGUGAUCUUGGAAAACAGAAGAGCUUGCUUAUGGAGCAAGGACUGGUAGUGAAGAUGAGUAUAAUACUGUAUACAAUUUACUAA